UUCCAGGAAACCUUUCGCCCGGGUCAUAAUUGCACGAGACGAUGUAUAAAAGGCUGAGUCGAAGAAGUGCAUUCAACAGACGUAAUCAGAAUGUCUUGGAAAGUAAUAACGAUAAUCUUAAUCUUUUGCACAGUUGCUCGAGCUGCCGGUUCAAAUGAAACCGAUUGCGAACCCGGAAAGGUAUGGCUACCUUGCGGAUCGGCUUGUCCAGCGGAUUGCCAAAAUCCCCUAAGAUUUUGUCUCAAGCAAUGCGUGCCAGGUUGUUUCUGCCCGUUUCCAUACCUAUGGAAUGAAAAGUUACAAAAAUGCGUGCCUUUCUUCUUCUGCGCAUUCACUGGUUUGACAUGGUGAAAAAAAUCCACGAUUCGUCAGCGCUACAUUUCCACUUGUAUUUCGAUUAAUCCAAGUCCAACUGUAACGAAAUAAUGAUCUUUAGUCACAAAUAAAUACAAAUAUUUCCCGACUGGCGUGUGUAUAACUCGUUGAAUUCACUUUUCAAAGUCGGACUUGAUAACGGAAGGUACGAACGUGCGACAAGUUAAUUUCACAUGGAAGUGCAGUUUUUUCGUACGAGGUCGUAUUUACUCGUAAUCAAGAAGGUGGGGUAUAUUGACUCAAUGUUUUCUUUUCAUCGUAGUAAAUUAAUUACGAUUCGGAGCAUACCCAUACCUCUUACGUACGGUAUGAAAAAUGGGUCAAGGUCACACACAUCGGCAAGGUUAAUUUUCCGAGGUAUUUAAAUGAUAGCGUGAAGAAAUUCGCGGAUCAUUCGUCGUAUCGAAUGACGGUGUGAGGAUGUCUAAAAUCGUAGUGCUGUUUCUGGUCGUUUGCUUGAUUUACGCAGUCCGAGCCCAAUCGCCGUGCACCAUCGGAGAGGAAUACAGUAAUUGCGCACCAGCUUGUUACCCGACCUGCACGGAUCCGAGCCCCACCUGUAAAGAACCAAACUCGAUAUUUCAGGGGUGCAAGAGAUCCUGCGUUUGUAAAUCUGGUCUCGUGAGGGACGAACGUUCGAAAAGAUGCGUUCGCCCAUCGCAGUGCUCGAUGGAAAAGGAUCGCCGGCUUACAAUUUGACAAUCGGAAUUUUGAAGAUCGGAAGCGAGUCGCGCGAUAUCGGAUCUCGCUUAAUUUUCAGCAACAAAUCAACGAGUGAACGUGCAACGCUCUACGACGCUACAUUUUCACCUGUUGAACGCGUAUUUUCAAGUAAAACGAAUACAUUCUAGCUGUUGAAUAUUAAACAUAAGCAGUUCUCGAUCCCGUGUUUAUUGCGUCUGUAGCUAUAAAUGGCGCUGAAUCGACGACAAUGAACUUGAAACUGCGCCUUCGUAGAAACUGGAGGUAACUAGAGCACCGAGUGAAGCGAUAUCGUAUCUCAUUUAUAUAUGUAUACGCAUUUACACCUGACUCGCUGUACGUACGGUAUCGCUGCAAGGCUGAUGUCACGCAAAUAUUUGCCUGUAUAUCUAUGCAAACGUGUAAACGCUCGUGAAUAUUAUUCAUCCGAGGUGUCAUUGACGCGCGCGAAAUAGACGAGCGUAUAAUGAUCGUUAUUGCGUAUACAUGUAAAACUAGAAGAAGCUCGUAAGUGGUUUAUUUUUGGUUGGUGAGAUUUAAUCCGAUGACAUUUUAGAAUGCCUACGUUUCCCAUACAUAUUUGGUCUAAAUUAUACAGCUGUUAUACCGCAGACUAUUAUUUCCAAGCAACUUUUGCGUCGCAAAAAGAAUUAUCGUACCUUUUCCUCCGUGUCACGUGUGAAUUCAAAUACAAAUUUUUAGAUAGCGUUACCAUUAUUUCACGCCAACCAUUUUCUUCACGCCGUCAUCGAAAUGAACGUCAUUGAAUCAUUGUAGAAUAGAAAAAUUUCUGAAAUAGAUUUUUUCCUCCCAUAAUUUCAAUUCCGUAGAAAAAUAUCGCUCCAGUUUUACUUCCACACAAUUUCGAAUAUUACCAAUAAUUCCAAAAAUAGAACGACGCAGAUAAUGAAACAUCGUAAAAAAUUUAUCGCAAUUGAAAAAAUAUGUAAAUGAAAAACAGAAAAUAAAUAAACGAACAACAUUGCAAA